AUGCUGAAGACAGCCAUGUUGGGGUGGAGACAUCCAGAGUCCUUGAAUUUGUCAUUCUUGGCCAAGUGGUUGUGGGGGGUCCCCCGAAGUCAUCUGAGGAGGCGUGAGCGAGCCUGCCAUCAAUGGAUUCCUGCCCAGAGGGACAGGAAGGAUGUCUUGCACCCCCUCUGGAAGAAUCCCCCUUCUGUGCCUGGGGGCACCCGGCAGUCUCCCAUCAACAUCAAGUGGAGGGACAGUGUCUACGACCCCCAGCUGCAGCCACUCAAGGUGUCCUACGAGGCGGCAUCCUGCCUCUAUGUCUGGAACACCGGCUACCUCUUCCAGGUGGAGUUCGAUGACUCCACUGAGGGCUCAGGCAUCUGCGGUGGGCCCUUGGAAAAUCAUUACCAACUAAAGCAGUUCCACUUCCACUGGGGAGCGAUGGACGCGUGGGGCUCCGAGCACACGGUGGACAGCCACACGUAUCCAGCUGAGCUUCACUUGGUCCACUGGAAUUCUGCAAAAUACUCAAGCUACAAGGAAGCGGUCCUGGGGGAGAAGGGGCUGGCUGUGAUUGCCGUGUUUUUGACGCUGGGCACCAGGCAGCCGGAGCUACAGAAGUUGGUGGAAAUCUUGCCAGAAAUAAAGUAUAAGGAUGCAUGGAAGGCCUGGGGUCCCUUUGAUCCUGCUGGUCUGCUGCCCUCCUGCCCAGACUACUGGACCUACCCAGGCUCCCUCACCACUCCUCCGCUAACCGAGUCUGUCACGUGGAUCAUCCAGAAGCAGCCCAUUGAGGUGGCUCCAGAACAGCUGUCAGCGUUUCGGACUCUACUGUUCUCCUCACGUGGUGAGGAAAAGAAGAUCAUGGUGAACAACUAUCGCCCACUUCAGCCUCUGAUGAACCGGAAGGUCCAAGCAUCCUUUCAGGCCCCUGAGGAUAGUGUGAACUCCUGA